GGGGCACACCCCUGGGCAGGGGAGGAUAAAACCCGCUGCUGCCCGGCCCCGGCCAGCACCGAGCGGAGCAGCAGCUCGCAGCGGGAGCGUAUACAAGGGGCAGAGAUGUUUGGCCACCUGCACUUCAUGCCACCCAUGUCCAGCUCGCUGUUCCCGUGGCUGGGACCCGUCCGCACCCUCUGGCCGCAUCCAGGCACCAUCUUCGCCGAGCUGGAGCGAGAGCUGCGGCUGGAGAUGGAGCGGGCACGGGAGUUCAUGAGCAGCUUCGAGCAGUUCCUGAGCAGUGGGAGCAGCACCGGCCGGCUCGGCAUCACCUCGAAUGCCCGAGCCCCGAGCUCCAGCGCAGCCCUGACCGCGGGCCCCGGGGAGGGCUUCUCCGUCUGCCAGGACGUGAAGGACUUUGCUCCGGAGCAGCUGUCCGUGAAGGUGGUGGGCAGGAAGGUGGUGCUGGUGGGGCAGAAGGAGACGCAGAGCACGGACGAGAAGGGCUCCUUCUCCUACAAGUACGAGGUGUUGAAGCGGGAGUGGGAUGUGCCCGAGGAGGUGGACGCCGAGGCGCUGACCUGCUCCCUGUCCAAGGAGGGGCAGCUCCGCAUCGAGGCCCCCCGGCUGGCCCUGCCCGCCGCCCCGGAGAGGAACGUCCCCAUUCAGAUGGGACCGGCGGUGGCUCAGGAGACAACCAGCGCCGAGGACGGAGCCGAGCGGGCCAAGGCGUGACGGGGAGCAGAGCGGGGCCGGGCUGAGCCCGGCGGCGGGGGCAGAAUGGGACUGCACCGAGGACCGCGCACCGGCCCGGCGGGGGCGUCUCUAUCCAAACCAUGUCGCUUUUUUGAUAUGUAAUAAAUAUUCCUGACUUUUA